AUGGAGGUUGAAACCUGGGUCACAGCAGAAACUGCAGAGCAAGAAGCCCUAGAGAAAAAUUAUCAUGAAUGUCUACAGGCACUCAAUAAUGAUGAUGUGACAGUCAGAGAAAAAGCCAGACUUGUGCUGGAACAGCAAAGCAUAGAGCUUCCGUGUGGAAUGUGUCAACACCCUGACCGAGAAGCAUCGGAGUACCGUGGCAAGUGGAAGAGAGUUCUACAGAUGGGAGAGGAGAGAGUGGAACAUGACAGUGAGAACAUUGUGAUCACAAGCAGCAGUAGUCUAUUCAUCCGUCGAGCCCAGCUGUCCGACGCCGGUCAGUACCUCUGCAUCUGGCUUGGUCAGUACUACUCUGUCUACAGACUUGAUGUUGUGAGAACGGAGAAGCGAGCAGUGGUGUAUGACACAGACAUCAAGGGAGCACGGCCUGCCAAACCUAAAGCUUUACCCCAAAACAACCUCCAACUGUUCACAAGCUGGACCGACUGGAGUGACUGCACCCUGUGUGGAAUGCCCGGCAGACGCCACAAGAUAGGAAUAUGCACGCUAAAGAAACUGGAUGCCAAUGAGUCAGUUAAACCUGUAGACUUGAGUGUGUUACACGAUUACCCUGGGGGUGUUCCAUGUAGAUCAAGCGCUCUGCCCGAAUAUUUCGCUUCCAUGGGAGAGAUUUGGUCAAGACGUAGUGAAACUCUUGUUGGCACGUGUGAGGUUGCCUGUCCGACUGUGCCAGCAGAAACCAACAUCACAGACGAAAACGGCAUCAUUGUUGAGACUGUACGUACCGGAGAGGGCCUGUAUUCCAUUCGACUGCCUCCACCGAGCAUUCCUCCCAUGGUAAAGCGGAAAACAGUGUACGAGAGCGAAGGCAGUAACAUCGAGCUUGUGUGUCCCAACAGUGACUCGACUACAGGAGUAACGUGGCAGAACAAUACGGAGAUAAUCGACCCGAUCAAAAUACGCAGAUUCACCCGCGGUCGUAUUAUAAUCGACGACAAAAACGCGCUGCGAUUAAGACGCCUUACACUGACCGACACCUCCUUGUACAGCUGUUGGAUGAAUCAGCGACUAGUUGCAACAGUCAGAAUCGUGGUAACGCUUCGGGACAGCAGCAGGCCAAGUGACUACAUUGCGUUUGCGGGCUUUGGUGCGGCCAUGCUGACCGUGCUCUGCAUUUGUUGCACUGCAUGCAAAAAUAGAAAGAAACAAACAGUAAAAUGA